AUCACCCCGCCUGUGGAACGGUUCCAGGGUUCCAAGGCGCAGACGGCAGCAUUUAACAGGUGGCACUGGUAGGAUCCGCACCCGAGCAAGUCUCCAGAAGGUGUUCUUCAGUGACAACUGACACGACGGUCUGUAACAAACGCCGGCAUCUACACAUCAGGAUACGCCAGCUACUGGACAUUCAGCACCAUGGACAAGUCCCAAGACGCCAUGUUUAACAAGUCCAUGAGCGUGGACGCGCGGAGCUGUCCUGACGACGCCGCCGACUCCACUGUGGAACUCCGUCUGAACGAUUCCGCAAUGGCCCGGAAGUCCAAGAGCGUGGAGGAGAGGCCCAACCAGGAGGAGGAGAUCGACAUUGACCUGGAUGACCCGGAAACGGAAAAGGCAGCCCUGGCCAUCCAGACCCAGUACAAGAACUUCAAGCUGAAGAAGGACAAAAAGUCCGCCUCCACCUCCACCUGAUUCCACGGUGUGCGAGCGCUGGGGUGUGCGUAACUCUC